UCUCAAAUUAAGGAUUAGGACAAGCUUCUUUCCUUUACCAGCUCCAGCUUCAGCCUCAGCCUCAACGUCCCAGCUCAUUAGCACUCUUCUCGUGAUUGAGAAUCACAGUCAAAGUCAAAAAAGCAGCCAUGGGCCGACCAACGACCUCCUCUGACCCGUACGAAACCACCACCACAACCACCACAACCAACGAGCAAUAUGCCUCUGCGGGCGCCAGUUUCGGGGCCUCUGCCUCCCUGGGAGCAUCGGGCAGAAUAGGCCUCUCGUCGCAAGCAGCGAGUCAGCAUCGGGCUGUGAACCCGGCCGCUCAGACUGCGAGUCUCCCUCAGCAGCAGCAACAGCAGCAGCAGGGAAUAACUGGCGCGCAAGGUGCAAGGGGUUACUUGCCGCAGGGAGGCCAGAGCCAGAUUGAUCCCGCGACGGCGGAUAGGUUGUAUAGAGAGAGAAUGGAAGAGGAGUAUGCCAAGCGCGAGGGAGGUGCGUAGGGCGUAAUGCGCGUGAUACUGCGCUGCGCUCUGAAAAGGGAGUUUUUGUCAACGUAACAAGAGAGUUAAAUUCGGGUUUGUUUUAUGGGGAUGCGGCAUAAAGGGGAGCAAUGGGAAAAUGGAUAGGUAAUGAGAUAAUUGAUGGGAGUAGACGUGGGUAAAAUAUAUAAAUCAAUCGGGUAAUUUGAAUAUAAUUUUGCAUUAUA